AUGAUGAUGAUGCUUGAGCGUCUUACAGAUUCAAAAGGAGCAUGGAUGGAAACAAGGCGAACCAGUCGGGAAAUUGUUGCAGUAUGUGACUAUGGUAGCUGGGUGCAAAGUGGUGGUGAGAAGUGGUCAAAACCUGGUUAUAUUUUGAUAAUUGUUGACAAGUUGAAUCUGAUUGCUGUGUUUGACGAACAAGAACCACUUCACAAGAUUGAGAGCCCCAGUGGAAACCUGGCAGAUCGGCAGAGCCCAGAUGCUUUUGAGACGGAAGUGGCUGCCCAGCUGGCUGCAUUUAAACCAAUUGGUGGGGAAAUAGAAGUAACCCCUUCUGCUCUGAAAUCAGGUACUCCACUGCUGGUUCGGAGAAGCAGUGACCCAGCACCUGGCCCACCUGCUGAUGUCCAGCCAAGUGCUUCACACCCCAGCGGCCAGAGUUUGAAACCUGUUGUUCUAGAUUCCUCACAGAACUUAGAAGACAGAGAAGUAAUGAAUGGUGUACAGACAGAACUCCUGGCAUCACCGAAAACCAAGGUUGCGUUGAGUGAUAUGACAAGAACAGUGGAAAUUUCUGGGGAAGGAGGCCCCUUGGGAAUACAUGUAGUGCCCUUCUUUUCAUCUCUGAGUGGAAGGAUUCUAGGACUCUUCAUCCGAGGCAUUGAAGAAAACAGCAGGUCCAAGAGGGAGGGACUAUUUCAUGAAAAUGAAUGUAUUAUAAAAAUCAACAAUGUGGAUCUCGUAGACAAAACCUUUACUCAGGCUCAAGAUGUCUUCCGUCAGGCGAUGAAAUCCCCAAGUGUGCUCCUCCAUGUACUGUCACCCCAAAACCGUGAAGAGUAUGAAAAAUCAGUCAUUGGCCCUCUUAACAUUUUUGGUAACAAUGAUGGCAUUUCGAGAACAAAGGCGCCGCCUCCUAUCCAUGGAAAAUCAGUAAUAAAGACAGUAAAUCUGGCAGGAACAAGUAGUCCCGAAGCAGAUGCAUCAACUUCCCCGCAACAAAGCAAGAGCCCCCGAGUACCAAGACUAGGAAGAAAGCCAUCCUCUCCCUCACUCUCCCCUCUCAUGGGGUUUGGCAGCAAGAAAAAUGCAAAGAAAAUUAAGAUUGACCUAAAGAAAGGUCCUGAAGGACUUGGUUUCACUGUGGUUACCAGAGACUCUUCCAUACAUGGUCCUGGCCCCAUUUUCGUGAAAAACAUUUUACCAAAGGGAGCAGCCAUAAAAGAUGGCCGUCUGCAAUCAGGGGACAGAAUUUUGGAGGUAAAUGGCAGAGACGUCACUGGACGAACUCAGGAGGAGCUCGUGGCCAUGCUGAGGAGCACCAAGCAGGGAGAAACAGUGUCACUCGUCAUCGCCCGCCAAGAAGGAAACUUUCUUCCCCGAGAACUGAAAGGAGAACCUGACUGCUAUGCACUCUCCCUGGAGACAACAGAGCAGCUCACCUUCGAGAUACCCCUGAAUGAUUCUGGUUCUGCCGGACUUGGGGUGAGCUUGAAAGGAAACAAAUCCCGAGAAACUGGAACAGACUUGGGGAUUUUUAUCAAAUCUGUCAUCCAUGGAGGUGCUGCUUUUAAGGAUGGUCGUCUGCGAGUGAAUGACCAGCUGAUUGCAGUUAACGGGGAAGCUCUUUUGGGAAAGUCCAACCACGAAGCUAUGGAAACACUUAGGCGAUCGAUGUCCAUGGAAGGAAACAUACGAGGGAUGAUCCAGUUGGUGAUUUUGAGGAGGCCAGAGAGACCAAUAGAGGAGCCUACAGAGUGUGGGGCUUUUUCCAAGCCAGGCUUUGAGAACUGUCAAAACACUGUAACCACCUCCAGGAGAAAUGAUAAUAGCACACUGCAUCCAUUUGGCACUUAUAGCCCACACAACAAAUGGAAAGAGCUAUUGCUUCCCAGUGAUGGAUGGACGGAGAAUGAAGUACCGCCUUCUCCACCACCACAUCCUAGUCUGGAAUUGGGCCUUGAAGAUUACAGCCACAGCUCUGGGGUGGAUUCGGCAGUAUGUUUUCCAGAUCAGCCCAUCAACUUCAGACCUGUGACACCAGCCAGGCAGCCUGAAUCAAUUAAUCUGAAAGCCUCCAAGAGCAUGGACCUUGUGCCAGAUGAAAGCAAUGUCCAUUCAUUGGCUGGACACAAAUCGGAAUCUCCAAGCAAAGAUUUUGGUCCUACUCUGGGCUUAAAAAAAUCCAGUUCCUUGGAGAGCCUACAGACUGCUGUCGCUGAGGUCAGAAAGAAUGAACUUCCCUUCCACAGGCCCCGGACACACAUGGUUCGUGGCCGUGGCUGCAACGAGAGCUUCAGAGCGGCCAUUGACAAAUCCUACGAUGGGCCUGAAGAAUUUGAAGCUGACGGUCUGUCUGAUAAGAGCUCUCACUCUGGCCAAGGAGCUGUGAAUUGUGAAUCUGCUCCUCAGGGGAACUCUGAGCUAGAGGACGUGGAAAAUAAAGCCAGAAAAGUCAAAAAACCAAAAGAGAAGGAGAAGAAAAAGGAAAAGGGCAAGUUGAAAGUCAAGGAGAAAAAGAGAAAAGAGGAAAAUGAAGAUCCAGAAAGGAAAAUAAAGAGGAAGGGAUUUGGCGCCAUGCUGAGAUUUGGAAAGAAGAAAGAAGAGAAGGGUGGAAAGGCUGAGCAGAAAGGUACUCUGAAGCCUGGUGGCCUGAGAGAAGAGGAGCUGGAAAAAAUGAAAGAAGAACGUGAAAGGAUUGGAGCAAAACAUCAGGAGCUAAGGGAAAAGCAGGCAAGAGGUCUUGUUGAUUACACUACCAGUGCAAUUGGAUCAAUACAUGACAUGGACGAUGAUGAAAUGGACCCUAAUUAUGCCAGAGUGAACCACUUCCGGGAGCCAUGUACGUCAGCAAGUGUCUAUAGGUCUCCAUCUCCACCUCGUCCUGGACCACUUGGUUACCCUCGGGAUAGCCGUCCACUGUCUCCGGAGAGGGACCACUUAGAGGGUCUUUAUGCCAAGGUCAACAAGCCCUACCAUCCACCAGCUUCAGCUGACAGUGGUCGCCCCACGAGUGGAAGCUCUGACCGCAUCCAGAAGUUGCGGAAGGAGUAUUAUCAGGCUCGGAGGGAAGGUUUUUCUUUAUAUGAAGAUGACGAAGGAAGAGCAAGGCCUUCUGAUUAUGACCUUCACUGGGUAAGCCCAUGCCUGAUUCCAAUCAUUUGAAUUUAUCUUUAGUGAGAUGGUUUAGAACAGAAGAACAUAACCAAGAAUGUUUUAUACAUAUCAAGUUAUAUUUAGGUUACUUGGGUUUCAUAGAUUUAAACAUUAUCCAAACC